CUUCACUUUUGGCAGGUCGCAAAAAUCGUUUGAAAUGAAAAUAGUUUGAGAAACACCACCCCUCUUUCGAAUCAAAUGAAAUAGUAAUCUUGAUAUUGAGAGAAAAUAUAUAUUUACACAUAUAUAGUAUGGCAGAAGACGCGAAUGGAGAGGUACUUGAUUGCUGGGAGGAGUUUGAAGAUACUGGGGAUCUUGACAAGAAACUAGAAGAAAUGAAAUUAAAGGAAUCCAAAAAACUUGCAUCAGAAGCAGUUGUGGUUGAAGAUGGAAAUAGAACACAGUAUGCUCCACAGGUUCGCAUACUAAAAAGGAAAUCAGAUGCUAAUUCUACAGCAAACCAAGGGACAAGAGCAAAUAACAAACCUACAAAGACUUUGGAACAAAGAGAAGCAGAGUAUGCUGAAGCAAGAAGAAGAAUCUUAGGCUCAACUUCAUCAACAGAAGUGAAAGAGGAAGUUACAAUGACUAAUAACAGACCACCGAGGCUGAUGCAGCUAGAAGAUGGAAGACUUAACAUGAAUAAUAACUGUACUGUGGCUAUUUUGAGACAACCACGUGGUCCGGAUGGAACUGAUGGGUUUGAUCAAAAAGGUUAACAUUCAAAAUUACCAUUCAACUGUCUUGAUUGAAAUAAAACUGUUAAAUACUCAGACCAGCAUCCCAGUCCCUCGCUGGCUGUCCCUGCAAACAGCGCCCCGCUUGACCGCAGAAAAAAUCAGGGCCAUGGUCACUUGUCCCAUUCAAGGCAUACAUGCUCCUGCAACAGACUGCUAAAGAGUGUGAAUAGCUUGGCAGCUUUAUUCCCAUAACCAUAAAGCAGUUGCAAUAUCCAUUGGACGGAUCUAUGGAAACCAUUUCAUGAUGUGUGCUGAUCGUGGUGCUCUCAGAAAGCAGAAAUGCCCAUAGAUAAAACAUAUACCGAGCAUAACAAUUCUAGAAAGCUUUUGACUAUGUAAGUGCCUAGUAUAUGGUUUUAUCACAAUGCAUGUAUUAUCUAUUAUCUAUCUUUUAAAUGGGACAUCUACUGUUGGCUCAAAUAUGGAGGGCAGCUUUAUGUAAAUAUAUCUUUAUUGUUUAAAACCAUUAUCAUUAUUGCGCUUUAAGCACUGGUAUAUAUCGAAUAAGAAAGAACACAUCAACUUAAUCAGAAAUUGCUAAAAAAAAUGAUCAUUUGGAGCAAUACGCAAGUUUCGAGAUUAUCUCCCUUUCUGCACUCUUUCAUUGAGGAGGGGAGUUUUGUUGCUGCAUUAACAGACAGGUGGGACAGUUAGUUAUAUUAAACACAUUGCAUCAUUGAUAUACUGGUUUAUCAUAUCUACAUGUACAUGAUUUUCAGGAUGUACUCUUCAACUCAAAAAGAACCAAACUGAUGAAAGGACGUUUUUUUUUUAAACAAAACAAUUGUAACAAAAGGAAAUAUCAAUCAAAGUAAGACUUUUUAGACGAGGAAAGAGAUAUGGGUCUCUAAGAAAUACAUAUAUAUCUGAUCUGACAUUGAAUGUCAGCUAUCUGAAUGAUUCUUUCCCUUACUAUAACUUCAAGGAGCCCGCUAAUUUUUUAGCAAAGGUUUGUAUAAUGAAGGAAAUCUUAUUUUUUUAUAAAGACUACAAGUUUUCAAAUAUCCUAAUUGAAAGUAGAUAUGUAAAUUAAAUAUGCAUAGUUGAGCUUAAUGAAAUCUUAAAAUGCAUUACUGUUAUUAUCUUUUUAUAACAUUAUAUGAAUUUUAAAAGCCAAAAACUCGUUCAUUUAAUUAUGCACGUUUGUAUACACAGCAACCCGUCCCAAUUCCAUGCUGAUAUGGAUACUUUUUGCGUCUCUGUCGUAAGAGAGUUACAGUCUCGAAACUCGCAUAUUGAUAUGGUUCAGGGUCCAUAAAAAGUCAAAUGAGCUCACUUUUGCUCUCAGUCUCUCUUUUCUACUACUAAUUCCAUUGGUAAAAGUGAGACGGAUAUCAAAAGUGAGCUCAUUUAAGUUUUAUGGCCCAGAACAUGAUCUCUGCUUAAUAUCUAUUUUCCAUAAUGGUAUAAAAUCAAAAGAAUUAAAGUUUAAUUUGGUUUUAUCAAUAUUUAAAAUCAUCUUGAUUGAGGUAUUUAAAGGAACUUAACUUCAUUUCUUUUUUAUUUUUAAAAAAAAAUUAAGCUACUUGAAUCCAUGUACUGUAUGAAGUAUUGAAAAAUAUUGAUAAAGAGGUAGAGCCACUUUGGGCCUUAUUUGGCCCUGAGAAUUUCUGAAAAUUCAAAACCGCUCAGUUUAGGUUGCAAAUGCAGUAUUUAUCACUUGGACUGUUGGUGACCACAUAUCUAUUAAUUGUGACGUAAUUUCACAUCUAGUCAAUGCAUUAUGACGUCAUAAAUUGAGUCAUUUUCCUCGUAUCCUGUAAAUUCCUUUGAAAAUGACCUAAAGUUGAAGCGUUUUUUUCAAUAUUUCAUAUAGAGCACAACCUCUGAUCCAAAAUAUGCCAGUACAUAAUGAAAGGCCUAUUUCUGAAGAUCAAAAAACAUGUUUUAUUUUUUGGAUCGUAGGCUGUGCUCAUAUUUUAAUUCUUUGCUGAAGGUAGUCAAAUACGCUUAUUUUCUGCAAAUUUCAAGAACAUUGCAAUUUCUCAGAGCCUGUUUUCAAAUAUUUGGAUUCUCAAAAAGAAAUUUCAUUAUAGAACAUGAAAGCACCAAAUGUCUACUUUAUUUUGAUAUAUGAAAAUGGAAAGAGGGUGAUAGUUAAUUAAUUGAUAUAAGUACAGGGCCAUUUUAUGCAUAAGAUGGCUCUUGCUCUUUGAUAGCAUUGAUGCCCGGUUUGAUAGAAUAUGAAAUUUAUUUAAUCUAUUAAUGAAAUUUUUUGGUGCUUAUUUGUAGCAAUACUUGUCAUAGAGUUGAAGUCUUACAUUAGAAGAUUAAUAGGCUGUGGUUUGUCAAGUUAAAGCUAUGCCAAAUUUUUAUCAUAUGUAAGCAUGAAUAACUGCUACGUGUUUUUUUUUUUAUUUUAUCCAUAUUUGUAACAUGCUGUCAGUAUUUGAAUAUGCUACAUGAAAAGUAUAAUUCAUGUAUAUUCUCUUCUGAUUAAUUUACAAAGUAGACACACACACAUAAUAAUGAAAAUGUGCCUUUAUUUUCCUCUAGAAUUUUUAUUAAGUGAUACAUGUAACUAUGUGAACCAACUGAAUGAUGAUUUUUUCAUGUACCAUAUGUACUCAUAUACUUUUUUCAAUGUUUGAAAUUUUAAAACUUAAUCUAUUUUUUGAAUGUUGAUGUGUUCUUUACUUGAAAAUGUACUUAACUAUUCUUAAACCUUCAUGCCUUUUUAUUUUAUCUUGGUCACACAUAUUGAAUGUCAAUAUUCAAGUACAACAGAUUUUUUUGUUAGACUACUUGUGUGUCUGUGUUAUAAAAAUAACAUAAAUGCAUGUAACUAACAUUGCUUUACCAUUACAAAAUACAGUAUUAUUUGGCUUGUUUUCUUCUGUAAAAUAUGAUGUACAUGUACAUAAUUUUGUUUUUUGCAUUUUAAAUGCAUUUUCACACACAUGUACCCCUUUUCUUCAGAUGAAAAAUACUAUGACAAGGUUUUAUCAGUAACAAUAUCAUUGUCAGUUGAUGAUACAUGUAUGUGAGAUGGUGAUUUAUAAGAAUGAAUUAAAUAAAAAGAGAUUGUCAGUUUCUCAGAUAAAUUAUGUGAUCAAUAUGUAUAAAUGUUGUAUAAAUAUACAUGUUAAUCUUUUCAAAGCUUUGUUACUGAUUUUAAUUACAGUGUGCCCAGAAAUUAU